GCGUCACCAGCCGGGGAAGAGCAGAGCUCAGCCAUGUCCAUGAUGGGGACAGCCGUCUCCUGGGAGGGAGCCACGCAGACACUCAAGACCCCUGACCGUCCCCCGAAGGACAUCCAAGCGCCUCCAGCUGCCUCUGGGGCCGCCUCCUACCCUGACCUGGGGGCCCAGCCUGUCACCGGCCCCGCCUGCUGGCCCGACAUGAGGCCCUCUUGGGCCGCCCCCUCCUGGAUGGAGUGCCCCGCCCCUUGGAGUUACAUGUGCACACCCUCUGUCGGCCAUCUCUGGAUUGGGUACCCCUGUCCUGUUGCCUCAGCGCCUUCAGUCUGGACUUGGGGCAUCUCCAGUGUUGACCCCCUCACGGGAAGACAGCACACUGCCCCCCUGGCCUCUGGAGUGUUCCCUUACCCAGCGGGCCCCCCACCCCCGUACUCCUCAGUCCCUCCAGCUCCAAGCGGGGACGCCUCGGGGGCCUCUGGAGUGUUCCCUUACCCAGCGGGCCCCCCACCCCCGUACUCCUCAGUCCCUCCAGCUCCAAGCGGGGACGCCUCGGGCCACUGCACCCAGGAGGGGUGGCAGACUCCGGCCAGCUCGGCGUCCCCGGCUGCAGUGGAGGGCCCGUCCAGAGGGGCUUCCUACUUGACAACGUACCAAGUCCUUCCAUCAGAAUGGGCGUCCAGGCUCAGCAUUUGGGCACCCAAGCCGUCCUCCAGCCCAGAACUCUGCCCUCUGCCCCCUUCCCCCAGCGGGGACCCUCAGGGGGAGCCCCGCUGCCCCCGGCCCCCCUCCAGGGUCCGCCGCCGCCUCUUCCAGCACUAA